AUGACUGCCAAGCCGCUGAAAACACAGGAAGAUGGGGGAUCAUCACCCAUUCCCAACUCUGUUGAGCUUGAAGUUUUCAGUCAUGAGUCCUACGGACCUGGCUUUUCCCACAGAUUUACUACGGAUGUGGCUCAUUCAAGUAUGUGGAAAACAGUCUCGUGUGAUAAGGUGACUAAGUUGUGGAAGAAAAGAUGCAUUGUUGUAAGUGCUUCACUUGCCAUUCUAUUUGUGGUCAUUUGCACAGCAUUUGCAGUGAUAGUGACACUAAAGACUCCAGAAACAAAUCCGUGUUUGGGGAUUGAAACUAAAGAGAAGUGUUUCAAUUUAUAUGGUGAAACCAAAAACUGGACAGCCAGCAAAGAGUUUUGCCAUUCAAAAGGUUCAGAGCUUGCUCAUAUUGAUACUAAAGAGGAAAUGGAACUUCUGAAGAAUCAUACAGGAACUGCUAUGCACUGGAUUGGCCUGAGCAGAGAAGAAGGCGGGCCUUGGAAAUGGACCAAUGGCACCACAUUCAAUGAUUUGUUUGAAAUUAGGGGAAAUGGAUUGUUUGCUUUUCUGAAUGCUGACGGAGUGCAGAGUUCCAUGGGCCAUCUUGAUCUACUGUGGAUUUGCAGCAAAUCUAAAAUGUAA